AUGAGUGUCCAAGACCUUGCCCGCUCUCUCACCGCGGCCGGGUGGGCUAGACUUCCGGAUCAGGAGGAAGAAAAAUUCUAUCUGGUCCAUGUGAGGGAUGGUAAUAUGAUCGAGAAGCUAUGGGUAGGCGACAACGCCAAGAAUGAGGUUGUGAUUGCUUCAGAUGCUAGAGAUAGCACCACGGCCUCCUACCUAAUCUACGCUGGACAAGAUCUUUGCUAUGCCUACAAUGAGGACAUUGAAGAGUGGGAGCAAACCGGACUCGGCAGGAAGUGGAACAUCGUCACCAGCCCACAUAGCAAGCUGAGUGCUAGUUUCGGUCCCAAUGGCACAAUCGUAGUUUCCUAUCAGGACCCAGCUGGCCGCCUGGCAGGCGUCAUGAGCGCAGCCGAGGACAAGUGGGAGGCAUUCAGUCCUCCUGAGGCCGACCCUCUUGCGGGAACCCCCCUAUGCCUUGAAAAUAUCGACGACAAGAUGCACCUCUUCUAUGUUGGAAAGAAUAGCAACCUUCGCUACCUACUUUUUGAUCCUGCAAUUGGCAAAUGGCAAGACAACGUGCUCCAAACUGCCAAAUUUGACACUCCUAUCGACAAUUUUAGCGUUGUCAAGAACCCUGAGAAGGACUCUUUCCAGAGCUAUUUCCUUACGGGUGGUUCCAUGUGGAACGUUGACGGGGACAAAGGAAAGACACACCUUGGUAAAGUAGAGAGCAACGGCAAAUUGAUCCCCUCGGAUAAGGCGCAGGCUGGCUGGAGGAAGUCACCGGCAGCAGGCUCCGCAUUUGGUAUUGAGCUAGAAGCGGAAGACAUGGGCAUUCCAUACUUUGAAAAUAAAGUAUACUUCGCGUCAUGCGGUCGGCCUAGAUAG